CUUCCAUCACAGAUUCACAGUUGUAUAAAUAUUUAGUCAAGUCAAUUAUUUCUAUUUUUUGAGUGGCAUUUAUAUAAAUUAUGAACCAUGUUUCAAAUUACCUGGCCAAUGGGCCGGGCCCUAAUCUAGUGUUGGUUAGGCAGUUUGUUAGCAAACGAGCAGAUUUCAAGUCUCAAGGUCCAGUGGGAGAUUUGGACCAACAACGCACUAGCCCAUAUUCUGGCCCGCAAUGCUCAAAACUAGGACCAUUUAUAUUAUUUUUGAACAGUUGAUCCACCAUCUGUUUUUGCUGAAAAGAAGCACAAAGGCUUUAUUAUAUUUAAAAAAAAAAAAAAAACUCCCGUCCUCAACGGUUGCUUGCCUUUUUCGAAAACUUCGCCCGCCUUCUGGUCGUCGUUCAAAAACAACUACUACGGCUUGUUACAGCAUUACAGUUACAGACUCACAGUAACUUUUUUCUUCGGAAUACGUUCUUAGUUCUUACAAAGAAAAAUUUCUUUCAGCUUCUUCUUCUGCGCUCUGUCUCUCCGUUGCCAUCCAAACUGAAUUUCCUCAAUGGAAUCCAUGAACACCCCCAAAUCCCUCAAGGCAGCGCAUCUCACCAAAUCAACAAGCACGGCCAUGGCGGACUCCAAUUUCGGCUCCAAGGUGAGGGUAAUCGUGAGGGUGCGCCCUUUCCUCCCUAGCGAAAUCGCUGCAAAGCACGAGCUCAGUUCCUGCAUCUCCCUUCUGGAUCAAGUCUCCGAAUCUGGAGACGAGGUGGCCGUUUACCUCAAAGAUCCGGAGAGCAGCCGGAGUGAAGUCUAUCAGUUGGACUCGUUCUUCAGCCCGGAAGACAACAACGUCAACAGGAUUUUCCAGAGAGAGGUGAGCCCGUUGAUACCUGGGUUGUUCCAGGGAUGCAAUGCUACAGUUUUCGCCUAUGGAGCUACCGGCAGUGGGAAGACCUACACAAUGCUGGGUAGUGAUGGAUUGCCGGGCCUGAUGCCGCUGGCCAUGUCCAAUAUUCUUUCCAUGUGUAGCAGGACACCAAGCACAGUUGAAAUUUCAUACUACGAAGUAUACUUGGAGAAAUGCCAUGAUCUUCUUGAACCCAAUGAAAAAGAGAUUGCGAUUCUGGAUGACAGAGAGGGGAAAACUCACCUCAAGGGGCUAUGUGGAGUGCCCAUCAGUUCAAUGCCGGAGUUCCAGGAGGUGUUCUCUCGUGGAACUCAGAGAAGGAAGGUUGCACAUACGGGUCUCAAUGAUGUCUCCAGCAGGAGCCAUGGGGUGCUGGUGAUAAGUGUCUCCACUCCUAUUGGAGAUGGCUCAUCCGUUUAUGGGAAGUUGAACCUCAUAGAUUUAGCAGGCAACGAAGACAAUAGGAGGACAUUCAAUGAGGGGAUCCGUCUGCAGGAGAGUGCCAAGAUCAACCAGUCCUUGUUUGCUUUGUCGAAUGUUAUCUACGCACUGAACAACAACAAACAGUGGAUACCAUAUCGUGAAAGCAAACUGACCAGGAUUCUGCAGGACUCUCUUGGAGGAACAAGCCGUGCUCUGAUGGUUGCCUGUCUGAAUCCUGGAGAGUACCAAGAAUCCGUAAAUACAGUCAGCUUGGCAUCUAGGUCUCGCCACGUCAAGAAUUUUGUGCCUUCAGCUCAGAAACUGGAGACUCCAAAGGUCAAAAUGAACAUGGAAGCGAAACUCCAAGCUUGGCUGGAAUCAAAGGGAAAGACCAAGAGUAAUGCCCAUAGAGCUUGUGUUUCACCUUCCCCAUUUCCAGUCAAUUCUGCCAAGAGACUUGAUUUCCUAGGCUCUGUUAAAGCAAAGGUCAGUACUCGGAACGCAGCUUCAAGCUCCAAGAACAGGAUGCUUUCUGAGCCUUUCAGAAGCUUGCAGCUGAACGAUGAAAAUUUGUCUGAUCCUUCUGUUGAGGGAGUCAUGGCUCAAGUUGCUGACAUUGAAGGAUCCCUUGGGCUUGAGAAGGAAAAGGAGAAGUCAGAAGCAAAGGAGUCGAUCAACUUAAGAACAGCACCACCACCAAUGACUGAUAAGAAAAGUAGCAGCAGCACAGUACAGGAAAGUCCUCUAAGGAAGGUGUUAUCCCCAAUCUGUCCGAACAUGAACAGAAUUGUUGAGCAGCAAGCAACUACUACUCCUCCAAAAACACCACUGCUUGCAACUUGUGGAGGGAAGAUGGUGGCGACCACCCCACUUGACAAAUUCAACGUCCUGAGCUCCAACCUAAAGAGCUCUAUGAUUCAUGAGUAUCUCAACUUCCUGAACACGGCCAGCAGAGGCGAACUACUGGAAAUUAAGGGCAUAGGAGUUAAGCUGGCAGAAUACAUUGUAGAACUCCGAGAAACAAGCCCUUUGAGAUCAUUGAGUGAUUUGGAGAACAUUGGACUCUCCUCUAAACAGGUUCACAACAUGUUCAGCAGAGCGGCGCAAGGGAUAUUUGAAUCAGGAAAGGAUUAAGGAUUGAAACAAAGCCUUUUGGAGUUGUGUAAAAAACUCCAAUCCCCCAUUCAGAUUGUCUCUCCGACAAAAGACCUUCCCUCACAGCUUUGUUUGUAUUUCUACUAAACCGUAUUUGUACAC